CGUGUUUGCAGCUCAGCCAGUACGGCAUCAUAUGAUAUCUGUCAGAGGCCUAUCGUUGGUCACUCUUGGCUUCUCGUUAUCGACGCCGCAUCCGUCAUUACUUUGGGGGACACAGCAAGCAAGCAGUGCGAGAUUCCGUGUCUUGGAUGGAAGCCAUACCUCCUCACCAAGGCUACUCCGUAUAAGGAAGGGCUCGCGUUGUUCUCUCACCGAAUUUGCAGUUGUCUACCCGAAUUGGCAUCAGAAACCCAGUUUCAUUGGAUGACUCGUAUUGAUUAUUCUGUCUCUCUACCAUUGAUUUACAGCCAACUAAACUACUUUUACGCAGGUAACCGGGCAUGGAUCCUCUCUUGCAAACUUCAUGCAGAGUCCGCCUCAACAAGCGUUGCUACUCUCUUUCCUUUUUAGGAGUAUACAUACUUGUGGUGCACGGGGAGGAGUCGCCGGCCAUGCAGCACGAGAAGCAAAGCCGCUACAUGUAUUGGUGCCAUCAGGUCUAGUCGGCGGCUCCAAACCACCACCCUGGAUGUUGCAAGGCCAGCAGCGUACAGGACGGCAUGCAUAUGAUGCUGCAAGGAAUAUCGAAUAUGGUUCCAUCGCCGGCCUCCUCAGCCUCAUGCAUUCACAACUGAUGGGUGCAAUAUGGCAAUAUCGGCUUCACUGGCCUUUCUCUUUCUUGAUUUGCGGUAUAACAGUACCUGUCCUCAAUAGCUGAGACACACACGCACACACACAGGGAUGCUGCCUGGGAUAUAACUACUUAGUAUGUAUAUGUAUUCAUCAGGAUAUCAGAUGACAAGGCUACGUCAUCAAGGCGCUACGCCCAUAGUGCGUAGCGAUAUCGAAGGGCCUCUCCCUGCCUAGGAGCUGAUGGUAUGGGGGCUAGUCACCGCUUGUUUUAUUACACAAAACACUUAUAUCAGUAUGAUCUUC